AUGGAUUCUAAAAAUCUAAAACUCCAACAUAGUACAGAACAACAAAUAACAAAUGGCGGAAAACUUUUCAGCGAGCCUGCAUACUUGAUAAUACAUGCUACGGGAGAUAAACCACUGUCCAAAUGCUCUCCUUUUUUGAUUCAAAAGCUAUUUGAAUCUACCAUUGGGCACCUGAAAAAAAUACAAAAGUUGAGGUCUGGGGAUUUACUUAUAGAGACAGCGUCACCUCAACAAUCAGCAAGGCUUUUGGCAACAAAAAGUCUCGGAGAAAUGGGAGUUCUGGUCACACCACACGGAAGUCUAAACUCCUCACGUGGUGUGAUAUCUGAGUCAGACUUGAUGUCAGAAGACGAAUCAGAUCUAUUGACGGGCCUUUCGGAUCAAGGUGUCACUAAUGUCCGACGCAUCUCUAUUCGUCGAGACGGAAGGGUGAUACCUACUAAACACCUAAUUCUGACAUUUAACAAGCCGACAUUGCCAUCUGUAAUUACAGCAGGAUAUCUGCGUUGCCCAGUUCGACCAUACAUUCCAAACCCGCUGCGCUGCUUUAAAUGCCAGCGGUUUGGACAUUCACAGGCAUCUUGCCGUGGCAAGAAUGUAUGUGCACAGUGUGGGGAUGAAGGUCACGAGAGUACCGAGUGUACCUGUACCCCAUGCUGUGUUAACUGCAAAGAUUCACAUCCUUCCUACUCCCGAAAAUGCCCUGCAUGGCAGAGAGAGAAAGAGAUUCAGCGCGUGAAAACAGUUAACAAUCUACCUUACCCAGAGGCACGACGCAUGGUAACUUUAAAUGCACCAGUGAAACAGAAGACAUUUGCUGCUGUUCUGAAAUCCACAAAGACAUGUGGAGUUCAGACAGACAUUUCUGUUUCACCAAAUGAAUCUCUAACUCGCCACGAAAAAUGUUUGCUUAUACCAUCUACACAUACAGCAGAAAAGGAGAGCAAGAAGAACAAAACACCCCUACCUAAAACAGGGGUAAUAACAAGAAACGUGGGUUCUAAGAAGGCUGCUAAGAACCCGCUCAACAAACAAAAAUUAAAAGCAGCCAUCUCCAAAUCUAAGAGAUCAGAGGCUCAGUCUAUGAGUGAGUUCUCUGACUUCUCUGACGAGGAGACUAAUAAGGAGGUGACACCACCAACUUCACCUCCAAAAGGCAAAUCAGCCGUAAAACUAAAGAGGGAUACCUUCACAAAGAAUGCUGCCUCAAACACAUAA